AUGGAAGCUGUUCGAUCAGACCCGCAGCGGUCUGUUACAUUGAUGGUACCGGGACGCGGUGAUGCUGAAGAGGAAUCACAACCAGUUGGCUCUCCAGACGCAGAUGCUGUGGCUAUGGACACGAAUAUAUCACUGCCUGCAGAGAUGUGCUGGCACGAACAUGGCAUUUAUGACAUGCCGGCACAAAUAGACCAUGUCUUAAACACGACCGGGCACCAGCAGAUCUAUUACGUUGGACAUUCCAUGGGGACUACCAUGUUCUACGUCGGAAUGUCAAUGAAGCCUGAGUACAACGAAAAGAUUCGUGCCAUGUUCAGCUUGGCGCCAAUUGCUUACAUGAACCAUAUGAUCAGCCCACUGUUCCAACUUUUGGCACCUUUUACAACGUCCGCUCAGGUGCUUAUGGAUCUAAUUGGAGCUAGUAAGUUUACUCCUAGCCAAGAGAUGAUCAGGCUUAUUCAACCAAAGAUUUGCAAAGAAAAAGCAAUUACAGAACCAAUGUGUACCAAUGUAGUAUUUCUCAUCUGUGGUUUUGAUAAGGAGCAGAUAGUUAAGAUCAUAUUUCAAGCUUCUUCCUAA